GAGUAGUGAGCAGCUAUGUUGUGGUAUGAAAUAUAACAGUAUCGUGUAUACAUUUGAUUUUCAACGAACGGUGGCCCUGAUUUCUGAUUUCUGAUUUGUGUGCAAUGUUCCUAACAUAAGUGUUUUGUGAUGAAAUGUUUUCUUGCGUUAGUAUUGCUUCUGUCAUUCCAAGCUGUUAGAAGUUGUGAAAAGGUAUGUAAGUUCCUCUACAACAAUCCAGACGAAGACUGGGAAGAUCUCGAUGACGAAUCUCUGACAUCUUUCGAAGAACCUGUUGCGCAAGGAACAGUUACAGGUUUCAUAACCAUAAGAUUAGAAACCUCCGCUCCGGCUGAAAAGUAUGACUUCCUACGGUUUAUUAGUACUGCAGAUAGACAAAGUCAACCCCUCAUCUUAUUACUGGCAAACAACGGACUAAAAGUCGGAAUAAAUGAAAAAUUAAAAAUAGAUGGAAAGAAGCAACCCAGUGUAUGGGUACCUAAGAACCUAUCAAAUAAGAUCAGAUAUAUUCAAAUAUCUGAUCUAGAUCCUGGUUUUUACAAUGUAACCAUUGGAGACCCUGAACGUAGCGCUGAACUGAAAUGGAAUUACCAACGUCAACUGACUACUCUUAAACUUAAAGACACGGUAGCAAUAGCGAAUAUUGGUCGAUGCAGUUGUACUGUUUACAAGUACAUAUCAGCUUGCUCUGACGCCAUUCCAAGACUUUGUGAGGAAGAGAGUAAUGUAAUAGAGACUGUGAACCUCGGUUCCUCCUCCACUCUCUCCUGCACUGGCUCUGGAGCUCCUUAUCUUGAUGUGAAGUGGACCAAAGAUGGUGAACCUACAGAUCUAGUGCCGAACAACAUCCGCUCAACCACUGAAGCUGAUCACAUAAUUGAGUCUUCACUCACUCUAGAUAUCGUCACAACUGAGCACCUCGGAAUUUGGACCUGCACAAUCUUUAACAAAAACUCCGGAUACAGUGUAACUAAAAGAUACACAUUAAGUUACACUAACCGUGUGUCUCUGCUCAGCUCGCCUUCAGAUUACUACACAGGUGAAAACACAGAGUUCCAGUGGGAAGUAGAAGGCUGGCCGUUAGACCAGGUUACACUUGAUUGUGGACGUGAGCGUGCCAUCACAACAGAUAACAGUGGAUACAACUCCUUCACUCCUCCGAGGAUCGUUUUGACGCUGACCUUACAGAACCAGAACGUGGUGACCUGUUUUCUGAAGAAUGGACAGACAGUCCUGGAAACCCGUCAGAUCACUAGAGUUGGGUACAACUGUGAAGUAGGAGAACGUGGAGUUGGUAAAGACUGUGAGCCGUGUCCAACAGGACAAACUAGUGUUGCUGGUUCAGAAGUGUGCUUCCCCGAUGUGAGUGAUUGCUCUGAAGGACAGUACGGUUAUGGAACUGACUGCAACCAAUGUACAAACGGAAAAACUAGCCGUGCGAAAACAAAGAAAGUGAAUGGAUGCUUUCCUGAUAUAAGUGAUUGCUCUGAAGGCAAGUACGGUUAUGGAUCUAACUGCACCCAAUGCCCAGAUGAAAAGACAAGCUUUGAAAGGACAAAGAAAGUGAAUGGAUGCUUUCCUGAUACAAGUGAUUGCUCUGAAGGCAAGUACGGUUAUGGAUCUAACUGCACCCAAUGCCCAGAAGAAAAGACAAGCUUUGAAAGGACAAAGAAAGUGAAUAGAUGCUUUGCUGAUACAAGUGAGUGCUCUGAAGGCAAGUACGGUUAUGGAUCUAACUGCACCCAAUGCCCAGAAGAAAAGACAAGCUUUGAAAGGACAAAGAAAAUGGCUGGAUGUUUUCCUGAUAUAAGUGAGUGCUCUGAAGGCAAGUACGGUUAUGGAUUUAACUGCACCCAAUGCCCAGAAGAAAAGACAAGCUUUGAAAGGACAAAGAAAAUGGCUGGAUGUUUUCCUGAUACAAGUGAUUGCUCUGAAGGCAAGUACGGUUAUGGAUCUAACUGCACCCAAUGCCCAGAAGAAAAGACAAGCUUUGAAAGGACAAAGAAAGUGAAUAGAUGCUUUGCUGAUACAAGUGAGUGCUCUGAAGGCAAGUACGGUUAUGGAUUUAACUGCACCCAAUGCCCAGAAGAAAAGACAAGCUUUGAAAGGACAAAGAAAGUGAAUGGAUGCUUUGCGGACGUCAGUUAUUGCAAAGAAGGACAGUUUGGUUAUGGAAAUGACUGCAAUAAAUGUCCACAUAAAAAGACAAGCAUUGAAAGGACAAAGAAAAUGGCUGGAUGCUUUCCUGAUGCAAGUGAUUGCUUUGAAGGCAAGUACGGUUAUGGAUCUAACUGCACCCAAUGCCCAGAUGAAAAGACAAGCUUUGAAAGGACAAAGAAAGUGAAUGGAUGCUUUGCUGAUACAAGUGAGUGCUCUGGAGGCAAGUACGGUUAUGGAUUUAACUGCACCCAAUGCCCAGAAGAAAAUACAAGCUUUGAAAGGACAAAGAAAGUGAAUGGAUGCUUUGCUGACGUCAGUUAUUGCAAAGAAGGACAGUACGGUUAUGGAAAUGACUGCAAUGAAUGUCCAUAUAAAAAGACAAGCUUUGCAUUGACAAAGAAAGUGAACGGAUGUUUCCUUAAUAUAAGUAGUUGUAAAGAAGGAGAGUUUGGCUACGGAAGUAACUGCGGCCCAUGUCCUGAAGGGACAACCAGUUCGGCUUCAACAAAACUAGUCGGCGGUUGUGAAAAAGUCAAACCAAACUUCUACAUACCUUUAGGAGCAGGGGUGUCUGUCUUUAUCAUUCUUAUAGCAGUUAUACUCACAACUUUCAUAAUCAUCCGAAAAAGAAGGUCAGCAAGGACAAGUUAUGAAUUGGUAUCAAGAUUCAAGCCUUCAACAGUUCCUGCAGUUGAGGUUCAUCGUAAUGCAGACAUCUCUAAACAAGGAGAAUCAGGCUCACAGCGUGAUAACCAUGGAACCGGCAGCACUCCUACCAUGCUGGACAACUUUAUCGUUGAUAACAGAUACAAGUCUGUGGGAGAGAAAAGUAAGAAUCGUGAAAUCUUGAGAGGAUUAACACUGGAUUCGCUGAUAAAUUCAUCCACUGUCCGCCAAGAAAAAGAGGAAGACCAUUAUGCUAAUAUCUCAGAUAGGCAAUUACUGCAACAAGGCAACCCCGACGAGGAAGAGGAGGUACUUUACAUCAACAAUGAUAAUCUGAGAUCUUCUUCAAAUACAAGAAGGACUGAUGAAAGAGAGGAUGACACGUACGCGACUGUGGAACUAGUGCAGGGAUCCAGACUGAGAAACAGAAAGACAGUGCCACUGGUGAAGAGACCGGAUGUUCAGUAUUGUACUAUUACUGAGCUAAGAGAAAAAACUACUCCUGACAGUCAUUACAUUAACAUGGACAGCAAAUAGACGAGUUUUGUUUCUUAGUGAUUCUAAUUAUUUGUGGUUCUUUUUUUGGUGCUUUAGAGAUUUAAAUUUUUUGUGACUCUUUUUUUGCGACUCUUUGUUAUUUGUGGCAUAAUGCCGUCUAUGUCGUAAUGGCAUCACUUUUCAGAGUACAGUGUAUUCGAGACUACUUUUGUUAGGGGCGAUAUCUAUUAUCACCAGUUGCAGUAUUGAUAUUCGAACAGUCGGUUGAUCUGGUAAACUUUUAAAAUCAAACGAAGAUUCCGACAUUAAAGUUUCGUGUUUAAUUUUUAUAUCACUCCUAUCCGUAUUCGAACAUUUAAACUGUACAAAUAUUGUAAAUUUAUUCUGUAUGUUUUGUACUAGAAAGCUCACAUCAAUUUGUUAGGUUGUUUUCGUAAAAUUGUAAAU